GCAGCGCCAACCUGAGCGGAAAGCAGAAGCUGCUGGACCCGCCGACCCGGCAGGCCCGUCAGAAGCUCCGGCUGCUGCAGCGUUCUUCGUCUCCAAGUGAGGAAAGUUUCCAGCAGACGAUCCGACAGCGACUCCACGGAAACCAGCUGCCGCCUCGUCCUCCAUGGCGGGCCUGGAGGCGUUCGCUGACGCCGCCUCCCUGCUGUCUUUGAACUCCAGCGUCUUCAGCGAGACGCCGGCGCCGUGCGUGAGGGACCCGCUUGACGCUCUGGUCGUCAAUGUCGGGGGGAGUCGCUACGUCCUGUCCCAGGAGCUGCUGGUCCACCCAGAGACUCGCCUGGGGAAGCUGGUCUGCUGCGGUCGAGACGCUGCGCUGGAGCUCUGCGAUGACGCAGACUUCCUCCUGAAUGAAUUCUUCUUCGACAGAAGCUCCCAAACCUUCCAGUAUGUGAUGAACUUCUACCAGACGGGUCACCUUCAUGUCAUGGAGGAGCUGUGUGAGAUCUCCUUCCUCCAGGAGAUCGAGUACUGGGGCAUCGACGAACUCCGCAUCGACUCCUGCUGCCGAGAACGCUACUACCGCCGCAAGGAGCAGAAAGAGUCCCUGGAUGUCCAGCAGGAGUUUGAGACUGAUGAAGAAGAGGAGGACUUUGUAGGUACGCUCUGUCCAGGCCUGCGUCGGCGUCUCUGGGACAUUCUGGAGAGACCGGAAUCGUCCGCCGCCCGAACUUUUGGCUCCCUCUCCAUCUUCUUCGUGGUGCUGUCAGUCGUCAACAUGGUGCUGAUCUCUCUGGACCUGGACCAGGACUUCGGCGUGAGCUGGCUCGGCGCCAGCGGGCCGCGGCUGCUCGACGGCGUGGAGUACGUGUGCGUCCUGUGGUUCACAGGUGAGCUGGUGCUGCGCUUCGCCUGCGUCCGGGACAAGUGCCGGUUCAGUCGAAGCAUCCCCAACGUGAUCGACCUGCUGGCCAUCCUGCCCUUCUAUGUGACGCUGGCAGUGGAGAGCCUCCAUGGCGGCUCCACCGAGCUGGAGAACGUGGGCCGGGUGGUCCAGGUGCUGCGCCUCCUCCGGAUCCUGCGCAUGCUGAAGCUGGGUCGACACUCCACAGGCCUGCGCUCUCUGGGAAUGACCAUCGCUCAGUGUUAUGAGGAAGUCGGCGUGUUGCUCCUCUUCCUCGGCGUGGGAAUCUCCAUCUUUGCCGCCCUGGUGUUCGCCCUGGAGCACGACCUCCCGGCUUCCACCUUCACCAGCGUGCCGGCCGCCUGGUGGUGGGCCACCACCUCCAUGACCACGGUGGGCUACGGCGACGUGCGUCCCGACUCGGCGGCAGGGAAGACGCUGGCCUUCCUCUGCAUCCUGUCUGGCAUCCAUCUGGCGCUGCCCAUCGCCAUCAUCAACGACCGCUUCUCCGCCUGCUACUUCACCCUGAAGGUCCGGGAGGCCGCGCUGCGCCACGCCGACACACUCCGGAGGCUGACCCGCGGCUCGCUGGGGGGCGGAGCCGACCCCACUGGGGGCAGAGCCAACCUGAGGGACGCCUACGCCCGCAGCGUCCUGGAGAUGCUGCGACUGCCGCGAGAAAGGGCAAGCACGCGCAGCAGUGGGGGCGACGAGCUGUGGGGCAAAUGACGUGCUGGGGUGCAAAUAACCGGCUGGGGGCGGGGGUUAAAUUAGCGAACCUUGUUGCCCUGGUUCCACUCAGAGUUCAUCUAGUCAAACAGGAAGUGACAUUCGCUGCAGUCAUCAUCCUUCUGGCUCCGUACCGGUUCGUCCUGACCCGGCGGCUCCAGAACCGACAGCAGCAUGUUUACGGAGGAGACGCCGGGAUUCUGGACCGGCCCGGUUUCCCACAGGCUGUUCUGGCCCAGCUCAGAAACAGAACCUGUUUACCCAGAGGUAAACAGAUUGUCAGCGGGAGAGCGGGUCCAGAUCCCGGUUUUGUUCCCGCUGGUGCCGUGGAUUGGAUGAGGCGGGAGGAGGAGCAGAAUCGGGCCUGGCUCAGAGCGGUUCUGAAAUGGAACCAGUUCAGAACCAGAAAGAGUUUCCAGCCAAUCAGGAAGGAAAAAGUCCUGCUGAAGGAAACUGGACCUGGUAGAGAACCGGGUCAGCAGGCGGUUCUGUUCAGUAGGACCAGGUCUCUGAACACUUCAGGCGUCGGUUCUGUGCAGGAACCAGGAACAGAACCUGACUGGGUUGCGCCGGAGUCCACGCAGCCGUGUGAUGCAGAAAUAAUGAUAAAAGAAACAAACAAAAAGUUAAAGAAUAAAAAACUAAAACUGUUUGUGCAGAUUAUUGUUACUGUGUAGAGAACCAGGUGGCAUUUUGACCCAAUAAACUAUGGACCCAAAUCAAUCUAGUUUGUUCCUUGACAGACAAAACACCAAAGUGGAACCUUUCUAUUCUUGUGUUUCUGGUACGACCAUAAAGCUGACGCACAGCUACAUCUGCUAGCAGCAGUG